AUGGAGCCUCCACGCCCGCCAACCGAACACGAGUGCGAGUGGUUCUAUAAUGGACUUCCGAGCCGUCCAAAACUCGUAGCAAGGUCCAGCUUGACGCCUUUUCGGUUUGGUAUUGACGGGCGGUCGUCAGAUUUGAAAACUCUGACUGUUGUCGGCGACCAUGCUAUCGUCGAUAAAUGGAAUGAUGAACAUUCCCCGUUGAGGAAUCAGAUAUUGGGUAUCCUCCGCCUGCAGAAGGUUGACUGGCACGCCAUGGAUGUUCUGCGGAUUGGGUACACCGGCGACGAAAUGCCUGUAAUUGUUUCCAUCUCAGUCGCGAAGAACACACUGUCAUGCGAGGUAGGCAAUCAGGUUGCCUGGGACUGCAGAAAUGCUCUUCUGGAACAUGGGCUCUACGACGUUCACUGCGAGGUCAAGGAAUCGAAUCUUCUCACUCUCGCGUCUGCCCCCGCAGUCCUCCGGCAAGAUUCUCAUCAGAUUCCUCCCUACUACUACUCCUACAUGUAUCAGCUCUCCGACCAGCUAGGCACAAGCAUUGCAAGCCUGGACCAGCCCCGCCGUGAAGGCACAAAGGGUAUCUAUCUACGCCGAACCGGUGGCGACCCUGCCGAAAUAUUUGCCUUGACCUGUCGACAUGUCUGCUAUGACGAGUCUGAAACAGGUUGCCUUCUGCCGAGAGAAGAAUCUUUGCCUAGCAAGCCAGUUAUCCAGCUGCCGGACAAGACCAAAAGUCAGUUGAUGACGGAGCUUGAAGGCCGCAAAACGGAGGCGAUCCAAAGGAUCCAAGCGGAGAAGGACAAGGGAGAGUGCUACGACAACGAGGGAGACAGAAGAUCCGCGAAGUUGGCCAGAUACCAACAAACGAUUGCUAAGACCGAAUCUUUCUUACAGUACUUCGCCCACCGCAAAGCUUUGGAGACCAGGGUUUUCGGCCACGUCGCGUACGCCAGAGAGUACGCAGUGCAAGAUUCCAAAUUCCUUAGCGAUUGGUGCUUGAUACGGUUGAAAGCCGACUCUCAUGAGAGACGCCUUUCUGAACUUUCCAAUCGCGUCUAUGUCGAGGGACAAGAUCUAAAGGCACGGUUUCAAGCCCGUACGUCGUCGGAGAUCCGAGACCUUGACCAUGACGGCACUCUCCAAAUAAAGGGCAUCGUCGCGGUUUCGGAGCUUCAGGACUCCAAAACGAACCUCAUUGUGGGAAUGAGGGGUCGAACAUCAGGACUCAAAUUCGGGCUAUUCAACCAGGUCCUAUCCGUCACCCGCAGGCCUUUCAAAAACGGCCUGGAGCUUGUCUCCCAGGAGGGUUGCAUUGUAGCAAUCAAUGCAGGCAAGACCUUCACUAAGCCAGGCGAUUCCGGCGCCUGUGUCUUCGACCUGGAGGGACGCGCUGUUGGGAUGGUUACGGGAGGCAUAAACCGGAAUGACACACCGGAAGCGGACUUGUGGAAGCACUUUGGUCUGGAGAAGGAGGUGGACGUGACAUACACCACCCCUAUGGAAUGGCUUCUGAAGGAUAUGAAGGCUUGCGGGCUGUCGCUGGAGAUCGUGUGA